UGUUUCUCCGGCUGUUGGAGAAGUCUUUGCAUCUAGAUUGCAGUUUGAGUAGCGGACUGGAAUUGCAGCCUCCGGCCAGCUCGUACAAAGUUCGCGGAUUUAACACGCGCGCCACAGUCACGCAUGCGUACUUUACACACAAGCAGGGCCAAGGACUCGGUGUCACGCACUGCGCGCGAAGCCUUUACGCAUGCGCCUUCCGAGCCCGCAGACUCCGCGGAGGACCUCUCUCUAGGGCUGGAGAGGGCGCUAGGCUUCAGAAGAUAGUGGCGUGGCGCCGCUCUAGCUCGCGCCCCGACUCAGUGCAGUUCAGCGUUCUGCACGCUCCCCUCCCAGCGCAGGCUUCACUGGCGACCCCUGGACGCCUCCCCGGUCCUGAACCCUGAACCGGCACCAUGCACGGGCGCCUGAAGGUGAAGACAUCGGAAGAGCAGGCCGAGGCCAAAAGGCUAGAGCGGGAGCAGAAGCUGAAGCUUUACCAGUCAGCCACCCAGUCUGUCUUUCAGAAGCGCCAGGCUGGUGAGCUGGAUGAGUCAGUGCUGGACCUGACAAGCCAGAUUCUGGGAGCCAACCCUGACUUUGCCACCCUCUGGAACUGCCGACGGGAGGUUCUCCAGCAGCUGGAGGUCCAGAAGUCCCCUGAGGAGUUUGCUGCUCUGGUGAAGGCAGAGCUGGGCUUCCUGGAGAGCUGCCUGCGGGUGAACCCCAAGUCUUACGGCACCUGGCACCAUCGCUGCUGGCUGCUGGGCCACCUGCCUGAGCCCAACUGGGCCCGGGAGCUGGAGCUGUGUGCCCGCUUCCUCGAGGUGGAUGAGCGGAACUUUCAUUGCUGGGACUACCGUCGAUUUGUGGCUGCACAGGCAGCUGUGCCCCCCGCAGAGGAGCUAGCCUUUACUGACAGCCUCAUUACCCGAAAUUUCUCCAACUACUCGUCCUGGCACUAUCGCUCCUGCCUCUUGCCUCAGUUGCACCCCCAGCCAGACUCUGGACCACAGGGGCGCCUCCCUGAGGACGUGCUGCUCAAAGAGCUGGAGCUGAUACAGAAUGCCUUCUUCACUGACCCUAAUGAUCAGAGUGCCUGGUUCUAUCACCGCUGGCUUCUGGGCCGAGCCGACCCCCAGGAUGCCCUGCACUGCCUGCACGUGAGCCGGGAUGAGGCCUGUCUGACUGUCUCCUUCUCUCGGCCCCUUCUAGUGGACUCCAGGGUGCAGACCUUGCUGCUCAUGGUUGAUGAGUCACCCCUGGCUGUGGAAUGGAGGACCCCAGAUGGCAGGAACCGGCCCAGCCAUGUCUGGCUCUGUGACCUGCCCACCGCCUCCCUCAACGACCAGUUGCCCCAACAUACGUUUCGUGUCAUUUGGAUGGCAGGCAAUGCUCAGAAGGAAUGUGUGCUUUUAAAAGGCCGCCAGGAGGGCUGGUGCCGGGACUCAGCCACAGAUGAGCAGUUAUUCAGGUGUGAGCUGUCGGCAGAGAAGUCCACAGUGCUACAGUCGGAGCUCAAAUCCUGUAAGGAGCUGCAGGAGCUGGAGCCUGAGAACAAAUGGUGCCUGCUCACCAUCAUCCUGCUGAUGCGGGCCCUGGACCCCCUGCUGUACGAGAAGGAGAUGCUGCAGUACUUCCAGACCCUCAGGGCCGUGGACCCGAUGAGGGCAGCAUACCUGGACGACCUGCGCAGCAAGUUCUUGCUGGAGAACAGCGUGCUCAAGAUGGAGUAUGCUGAGGUGCGCGUGCUGCACCUAGCUCGCAAGGAUCUGACGGUGCUCUGCCAUCUGGAACAGCUGCUCUUGGUCACGCAUCUCGACCUGUCGCACAACCGGCUCCGAGCCCUGCCCCCUGCCCUGGCUGCCCUGCGCUGCCUGGAGGUGCUGCAGGCCAGUGAUAAUGCCAUAGAGUCCCUGGAUGGUGUCACUAACCUGCCCCGGCUGCAAGAGCUCUUGCUGUGCAACAAUCGCCUCCAUCAGCCCACAGCACUCCAACCACUUUCCUCCUGCCCCAAGCUGGUCUCCCUCAACCUGCAAGGCAACUCCCUGUGCCAAACAGUGGGCAUCUCAGAGCACCUGGCCGAACUGCUGCCUUUUGUGGACAGCAUCCUCACCUAAGAGGCUCUGCCCUCACCCUUGCCCUUUAACUUAUUGAGACUGAAUAAAGAAUGUAGAGGCCCCCUGGGGCCACCAAA